GAGCGGCCGGGCUGAAGAGGAGGAGGAGGAGGAGGAUGAAGAAGGAGCAGGUGGCGCACUGCCAGUUCUCCCUGUGGUACCCGCUCUUCAAGGCCGUCACCAUCCGCAGUGUUAUACUUCCCCUGCCAGAGAAUGUGAAAGAAUAUUUGCUGGAUGAUGGAACAUUGGUGGUUUCUGGAAGAGAAGAUCCACCAAGUCAUGCUCAGGAGGGGAGUGAUGAUGCAGAGGAGAUACAGUGGUCGGAUGAUGAGAACACUGCAACACUUAAGGCACCAGAAUUUCCCGAGUUCACAGCUAAAGUUCAGGAAGCAAUAAUUUCCUUGGGGGGCAGUGUUUUUCCUAAACUCAACUGGAGUGCUCCAAGGGAUGCCUACUGGAUAGCAAUGAACAGCUCUCUGAAAUGUAAAGCUCUCAGUGACAUCUUCCUCCUCUUCAAGAGUUCAGACUUCAUAACUCGUGACCUCACUCAGCCAUUUAUUCACUGUACUGAUGAUUCCCCUGAUCCUUCCUUGAACUAUGAGCUUGUUCUUCGCAAAUGGUGUGAAUUAAUCCCUGGUGCAGAAUUCAGAUGCUUUGUCAAGGAAAACAAGCUUUUAGGUAUAUCACAGAGGGACUACACCCAGUACUACGAUCAUAUCUCCAAGCAACACGAGGAGAUCUGUAGAUCCAUACAAGAGUUUUUCAAGAAACACAUUCAGUAUAAAUUCUUGGAUGAAGACUUUGUUUUUGAUGUGUACAGAGACAGCAGGGGUAAGAUUUGGUUAAUAGAUUUUAACCCAUUUGGUGAAGUAACAGACUCCCUGCUCUUUACAUGGGAAGAACUCACCUCUGGAAAAAACUUGAAAGGAGACCAGAGUGAAGGGGAAGCAACAGAACAGGAUUAUCCAGUGUUCCGUUGUACAAACAGCAAAGUCACCGUCCAGCCCAGUCCCUACCUGAGCUACCGACUGCCCAAGGACUUUGUGGACCUUUCCACGGGAGAGGAUGUUCACAAACUGAUUGACUUUCUUAAACUGAAAAGAAAUCAGCAAGAUGACGACUGAGGUACCCAGAAGCAUUACAUUGAAUUACGAGCAAGAAAUGUGGCAAAAGCUGUAUUUAGCAUAACUAUCAAACUAUUGAUUUAAGGAAAAUCUGCUUUUUAUAGUCAAUGAAAGAAUUGAAGAGCUGUUCAUCCUCUCUUGGUUUAUAAAAAUGUGUAGGGAAGCUUCUUCAGGGAAACAUGAAAGGUCAGGGUGAGUUCUCAUUGGAUUCCAGGUGCAAAGAAGCAACAGCCUGAGUGCAGCUGAACGACUGCUUUCCAUUUCUCAUAAUGUGAAGAUUGAUGCCACUGAGCUACGCCUUCAGACUCCCCGGUGUAAAUAUGGCAACACGUAACGCUUGUGCAGUGAAAACAUGGAGCAUUCUCUGAAUUUAGGCACAGUCUUGCUUAAUAUGUAGUCACAAAGAGAAAGGAAUGUACAUUUUUAUCUGGAGUAGCCUUUUAAAAUUGUAAAUUGGU